AUGGCGAGCUGGCGGCAAAGCAUGGCUGCCCUGACGCGGAUGGUGAAGGAGGCCGCCGCCGCUGAGCUGCCGGAGUUCCACGCGGAGCUGCUGGCGGUGCUGCAGCUGGUGAAGAGCCGCAUGGACCAGUCCCAAACCGCCGAAGCCCACAGCGCCGAGCGCGGGCCCGCCGCGAAGCGGCGGCGGCAGAAGGGGCCGCCGGUGACGCCGCUGGACGCUGAGGAUCUCUACGGUACGUCGGGGCUGGACGAUUUGGAAGGCCUAAUUGCCCAAGCCGCCGCUGAGAAUUUGGACGGAGACUUCUCUAUGGCGGGUAAAGCUUCGCUGUCCGCCUCUGAUGAUGAGAAAGCGCUUGCUGCCUCUCAUGAGGAGAAAGCGCUUGUUGCCUCUGAUGAGGAGAAAGCGCUUGUUGCCUCUGAUGAGGAGAAAGCGCUUGUUGCCUCUGACGAGGAGAAAGCGCUUGUUGCCUCUGAUGAGGAGAAAGCGCUUGUUGCCUCUGACGAGGAGACGGGUUGGGUGUUUCUGCCAAGAAUGAGUGGUAGCCAAUCAACAGGCGCUUCCCCUUUGCAGGCCCUCGCUCCCUGA